AUGUCUACUAUUUGGAACAUUUGGCAUCAUCGGAAUAAAGUUGUGUUUGAUGACGCUCAUAUUUCUGCGGUCUCCUUGACGGUGCAAAUCAAGGCGUUUAUUUUGGAAGCUUCUCGUUUCAGUCUUGGUGAGAUGGCAAAUUCGGUGGAGAAGCUGCUUGUUCUUCAUGACCUUAGGCAUAAGAUCAAUAUUGAUGGUUCGGUCCAUGGUUUGCCUCUUUGUAUUCAUGCUGGGGAUAUCAUUCGAGAUUCCAACUUGGUGAUUGGUCGUUUCCAUUUCUCUGUUGGCCGCGAGUGGGCAUUUGAGGCUGAGCUAUUUGUGCUCAUCAUUGCUUUGGAGCAGGUCGUGUCUCAGGGAUGGGACUACAUCUGGAUUGAGACGGACUGCACUUAUCCGGUGGAUCUCUUCCGUACUCGUUCUACUACGGUUCCUUGGCGGUUCUUCAGCACAUGGAGGAAGAUUAUUCAGGACAUUUUUGGCCUUCAUAUUACGAUCUCCCACAUCUUUCGAGAGGGGAACCGUGUUGCUGAUUUCCUGGCCUCUUCGGUGACUGAUGAGGGUUUUUGGCCUUUUGCUAUUCCUGAUAUUCUGCAGUUGGUUUGGGAUAACAAGUGUUUUCUUCCCUAUGUUCGAAUUGUGGCAUAA